AUGGCGAAUCCGGGUUUAUGGUAUUAUCUGCUCGCCGUCCUCCUCCUCUGUGAGCUAUGGCACGGCCCCUGCUACCCCUCACGCGUCCUCUCAGCCUGGCUGCCAUGCUCGGACUCCGAUACCUCCCACGCCAUCGGCCUUCAGCGGGAGCGACACUACAUGAAGAUCGCACUGAGGGAAGCGCGGCAAGCUCUCAAGCUCGGAGAGGUGCCAGUCGGGUGUGUGGUAGUCUUCGAGGACGAGAUCAUAGCGCAAGGGCACAACCUUGGCAACACUCUGUACGACGGGACGAGGCAUGCAGAGCUGAUCGCGAUCGACUCUCUCGUUCAAAACUCGGACUUCCGCCUGCUCGAGGGCUGUGAAGUUUUUGUAACCUGCGAGCCUUGUAUCAUGUGUGCUUCUGCCCUCGGGCAGCUGAAUGUGAAGAGGGUCGUGAUGGGGUGCAGAAAUCUCUUCUUCGGAGGCUGUGGCUCCGUGAUCUCAAUCAAUGCCAAGAGUGCAUUGGGCAAGUGUCUGGAGCGAGGCUUCAAGUGUGAGUGGGGAGUGGAGGAGGAGGCAGCGAUUGAGCUGCUGCGCAUCUUCUACUCGGGAAAGAACCCGAGAGCCCCGAACCCAAAGUUUCGACGGAAAAGCUUCAGGUGA